AUGGUGUGUUUCAACUUCAUUGAGAUGAUCAAGAAAAAGAAGACUCUGAUUGGACUUGUAUUGGGACAGAUCCUCUCUCUUAUCUUGACUAGUAAUGGCUUCGCAGCGUCCCAGAUCGUCAGAAAAGGAAUCAAUGCUCCAACAUCACAUUCGUUCCUUGGCUAUCUGUUACUAGCAAUCGUCUAUGGAGGUAUCAUGCUCUAUCGAAGAUCACCAAUUAAAGCAAAAUGGUAUCAUUAUUUCCUCCUUGCUCUAGUUGAUGUGGAGGCAAACUUUCUCAUAGCAAAGGCAUAUCAGUACACAUCGAUGACGAGUAUCAUGCUACUUGAUUGCUGGGCGAUUCCUUGUGUCUUGGUCUUGACUUGGGUUUUUCUGAAAACAAAAUAUAGACUGAUGAAGAUCGGUGGUGUGGUUAUCUGUAUUGUUGGUGUUGUCAUGGUAGUCUUCUCUGACGUUCACGCAGGGGAUCGAGCUGGUGGAAGUAAUCCUGUGAAAGGAGAUUUGAUUGUUGUAGCUGGAGCAACCUUAUAUGCUGUUAGUAAUACCUGCGAGGAGUUCCUUGUGACCAAUGCAGACAGAACUGAGCUCAUGUCCUUUUUGGGCCUUUUCGGUGCAAUUAUUGGCGCCAUUCAAAUAAGCAUAUUUGAACGUGAUGAGCUCAAAGCUGUUCACUGGUCAACUGAGACUGUUUUACCUUACCUUGGACUUGCACUAGGGGCGUUUUUCUUCUACUCAUUACUCGCAGUGUUACUCAAGACCAGUGGUGCAGCAAUGUUCACCCUCUCGUUGCUCACAUCAGACAUGUGGGCGGUUUUGAUCCGCACUUUCGCUUACCACGAGAAGGUGGAUUGGCUCUACUACUUGGCAUUUGCUACUACAGCUAUUGGACUGGUCAUAUACUCAAUGAAGGAGAAAGAUCAAGAAGAACAAAGAAGUGUAGAAGUGGUAGAAGUGGUAGACGUGGAGGCUGACCAGAGGAAGCCAUACGAUAAAGAUGGUGAGCCGCUUAGUGCCAGCCUUAUAGGUGCUUCCAACGAAGCCCUAACCAAAGCCUGA